AUGAACGAGAACAUAGACACUUUCGGAUCUGCGUUCUCAUUCCUUAUUCUACAAUUUUUGAACAAGGCGGAUGUAGCACAGUGGGAGAUCAAACUUUGCUGCGGAGGCGACACUGACAACUGUCGCAGUUACGGAUCGGUCGACGACUUGUAUGGAAUAGCUUGUUGUGCUCGUCAGCCGUACAACAACUACACUCAACUGUGCUGCAAUGGGGUCGUAAGAGAAAAGAAUCGAGGAGGGAGAAUGGCUGAGAUGUGCUGUGGUACGGAAGCCAUGAGGGUUGAUCAGACUUGCUGCGCUGGAACUGUGCACAACGUGAUGAACGGUGACUGCUGCGGAAAUGCCGUCUAUUUCAAAGAUGAGGGAGCCUUCCUGUGCUGCAACGACAACCUGGCCAGGAAGGCAACCACAAACGAUAUGUGCUGCGGAUCCACAGUUUACGAUGCAGGACGACAACAAAUCUGUUGUGGAGACAGGGUCUUCGAUAGAACUCAAGCAGAUUCGUGUUGUACUCGCAACAAUGGAAGUGAGGUGGAGUUCAACUCGAAGACUGAGUUCUGUUGUAACGGAGCGACUCAAAAAGGAAGAGGUGUCUUUUGCUGUUACCUGCGAUUCAAUGGGAACUUGGUAGCAGUGCCCUACAACAACAGCACCCAAUGUUGUCGAUAUCCGUUCGAUAUCGUCUAUCCGAAGGCUAACGACGAUUGUUUGAGUCAUUUGAGGAUCAGGUAG